GCUGCACACAUCUCGGCAGGUUGCCUGCAUCUCUGUUCCAACAAAAUUAGUGGUUGGUACUUGGAGUGUGUCCCCUGGACCAUGGGCAGUUGUCUAUGCUACUGCUACUACAAAACUGGCACCGAACGCGUGAACGAGGGUCAGGAGAGUGGAGAAUGGCGGCUGACCUCCAGCAGACGCCGGCGUGGUUCCUCUGGCUGGCCGUCCUCGGCGCCCUCCACGUCGCGGUGCUCUCGUCUCGCCUCCUCGUCCACCUCGCCCACUGCGUGCGCCGACCCAAGGACCUCCGCCGGUACUACGGAACGUGGGCCGUGGUCACCGGCCCGACGUCCGGCAUCGGCCGGUCCGUCGCCCUGGAGCUCGCCCGCCGGGGCCUCGACCUCGUCCUCGUCGGUAUCGACGCCGCGGACCUCCGGGAGGUCUCCGACGCGGUCAUGUCCCGUCACGCCGUGCAGACCAGGACCGUGGUGUUCGACCUCUCGCUCGUCUCCACCCCCCCAAGGCGACGAGGCGCUGCGGCGGCUCCGGGACGUCGUGGAGGGGCUGGACGUGGGCGUCCUCGUGAACAACGCCGGGGUGAUGAACCCGGGCGCGGCGUUCCUGCACGAGGCGGACGCGGAGGCACUGAUACGCAUGAUCCGCGUGAACCUGUGGGCGACGACGGUGGUGACGGCGGCGGUGAUCCCGGGCAUGGCGGCGCGGGGCAGGGGCGCCGUGGUCAGCAUGGGGUCGGCGACGUCGGAGGCCGUCUCCUCCUUCCCGCUCCACGCCGUCUACUCCGGCACCAAGCGGUACGUCGCGGUGCUCUCCGGGGGCCUCGCCGCCGAGUACGGGGGCAGAGGGGUCGACGUGCAGUGCCAGGCGCCGAUGUUCGUGGCGACGGCGAUGGUCGCGGCCUUCUCGGCGCUCUGGCGCCCCGCGCCGCUGGUGCCCACCGCCGACGCCUACGCGCGCGCGGCGGUGCGCUGGGUCGGGCGCGGCGGCCCGCUCUGCGUGCCCAGCCUCCGGCACCGGCUGCUGUGGUGCCUUCUUGACGUCGUGCCCGGCUGCGUGCAGGACUGGGCCUGCCUGCGCGAGGGCCUGCGGCAGAGGAAGACGUCCCGGAGCCGGCGAUCGUCGACGGCGUCGGCGUGCCAUGCCAGCAACUGAGUAGGAAACUGUCUCACGAGUGAGUGAAGUGGCGUGAUUCCUGGACCCACUCUCGUUUUAUUUUUUUGGAAUCACUAAAAAUCUGACACCAGCCACUUGGACGGAUAACUUGGGUCUGAAUUCUGCUUCUCUGAUGCCGAUGGGGCGGGCUGCCGCUAUUUCAUUGGACAAAGUUUCGGACCUUAUUGACAGCUAAACAAGAAACUGGAAUGCGGAUGUUAUUCAUGCAAAUUUCUUGCAACCCAUUCACAGCUGAAUUAUUAGCUCUUUGUGAAGGCACCAUCUUCGCUCAACUUUGUGGUUAUUCACAGGUCAUAAUGGAGAUUGACAACUUGAAGUUAGUCAAUCUAUGAAAAUCGCGCAACGAUACACGGUUGAUUGCAACACCUACCUUAUCUUGAAGGAAUGAGAGGAGAUCGGAGUGAAUUUUGCUUUCUCUCUUGGUUACUCAUGUCGGUAGGGAUGCUAAUGUCCCGACCCAUCAUUGUUCUCGUUUUGCUUUUACACUUGAUGAUACAGAGAGUUGGCUUGAUGUAAGCCCUGAGUUUCUUAUUUCUUGCGUACGGGCGAAUUGAAGCCAUAUGUUACUUCAUCAAUAAAUCUUUCAUUUUUUUUUUA